AUGAUAUCCGGCAAAUCAGUUGUAGUGGGUGUGGUUGAAGCAGCAACUAAGUUCGUUGUAGCGGAUGUAGUAACAGUAGUAGCAGCAUUGGCAGAAGUUGCCUCACCACCAGUAGCAGAAGACAUGUUUAAGGUAGAUUCAGAGGUCGCAAUAGAGGUGGUUGUUGUAGGUGAGAUGGUUGUAAAUGCUAAAUGGAAUUUUAAAAGUGAUGUUAAAGAUGUUGCUAAAGAUGUUGUGGAAUAUGUUGUUAGAGAUAUGCAAGUAGCAACUAGAGAUCGUGAAACAUUAGAAGUUACACAUAAAAAGCAUGUUAGUGUAAGAAAGAAGUUGAUUGAAAAAGCUAAUUGUUGUUUAUAA